GUACGCCAUUCGUUUCCGUUCGUUCACGGGGUUUGCAGUCCGAGCACUAGAGGAAGUGCAGUGUCUGCCUUUCGAGCUGCGGCGCGGAGGGAUUUGCCAGCAGCAGCAGCAGGAGAGGAGUCGAGGAUCCUCCCGCGGUGCAGGUUGGAAAGGGACACUCACUCUCGGGUCGAUCGACAGACAGUUCGAGCGCAAUGGAGACCUUCCUAUUCACCUCCGAGUCCGUGAACGAGGGUCACCCCGACAAGAUGUGCGAUCAGAUUUCUGACGCCGUCUUGGAUGCGUGCCUGGAGCAGGAUGUCGACAGCAAGGUGGCUUGCGAGACCUGCACCAAGACUAACAUGGUGAUGGUGUUCGGGGAGAUCACCACCAAGGCGAAGAUCGACUACGAGAAGAUCGUCAGGGACACCUGCCGCGAGAUUGGCUUCGUCUCGGCCGAUGUGGGUCUGGACGCCGAUCACUGCAAGGUGUUGGUGAACAUCGAGCAGCAGAGCCCCGAUAUCGCCCAGGGAGUGCACGGUCAUUUCACCAAGAAGCCCGAGGAGAUCGGGGCCGGUGACCAAGGUCACAUGUUCGGGUACGCCACGGACGAGACCGAGGAGCUCAUGCCCCUGACCCACGUCCUGGCCACCAAGCUCGGCGCCCGCCUGACCGACGUCAGGAAGGAUGGCACCUGCGGAUGGUUGAGGCCCGAUGGCAAGACCCAGGUCACCGUCGAGUACCGCAACGAGGGAGGCGCAAUGGUGCCCAUCCGAGUGCACACCGUGCUCAUCUCCACGCAGCACGACGAGACCGUCACCAACGACCAGAUCGCCGCGGACCUGCGCGAGCACGUGAUCAAGCCCGUCAUCCCCGAGAAGUACUUGGACGAGAACACCAUCUUCCACCUGAACCCUUCGGGCCGCUUCGUGAUCGGAGGUCCCCACGGAGAUGCCGGUCUCACCGGGCGUAAGAUCAUCAUCGACACCUAUGGAGGCUGGGGCGCCCACGGAGGAGGUGCUUUCUCCGGCAAGGACCCGACCAAGGUCGACAGGAGUGGCGCAUACAUUGUCAGGCAGGCGGCCAAGAGCGUCGUCGCCGCUGGCCUCGCACGCCGGUGCAUUGUCCAGGUCUCGUACGCCAUCGGAGUCCCCGAGCCCCUCUCGGUGUUCGUCGACACCUACGGCACGGGAAAGAUCCCCGACGGAGAGAUCUUGCAGAUCAUCAAGGAGACCUUCGAUUUCCGCCCCGGUAUGAUCUCUAUCCACCUCGACUUGAAGCGCGGAGGCAACAAGAGAUUCCAGAAGACCGCCGCCUACGGCCACUUCGGGCGCAGCGACCCCGACUUCACAUGGGAGGUCGUCAAGCCUCUCAAGUGGGCCAAGGCCGACGCCUAAGCUCCAACCUUUUGCCUUUCUCAUGGUUUUCAGCAGCGGAGAGUCAGUACUGGAAUCCCCGCAAUGCAGCAGGCAGGGGAGGCCAGGUAACAGCAGAGCGUCGAUUACAAAGGGUAAUGUAAUGUGUCUGAAGCAGUAACGGAGCAUUUUAGGUCUCUACGCUCUUUGCGGUCUUUGUAUACGGUCCAUGUAGGGAAUGCUCGGGGGAUUGCCUGACCGACGGACUGAUUGAAUAGAACGAGCCGGUCUGUCAGCCAUCGCUGCCUGUCGUUCUCUGGCCGAUAACCUCGGUUUCUUCAGACCCCUCAGUUUAGAUCUGCAAGCCGUGGAGUGUAUAGUAAGUCUUUGAUACAUUCAAAUAGCAUCAUAAUAAGUGAGUUCCUAUCUUUAUUACACUUUCGGCUCUGCUCUGUCGUAGUUCAUUCUUUCAGAGGUGGCUCGGGUUCACAGCAACACAUCGAUGUUUUGUCACAUGUAUUGCGGGAAGCUGCAUUGUAACUCGUUACUAAGAAUUUUUUCUGGCUAUAAAAAUUGCCGGGUGUAACCCUGCGUGCACCCUAUCAUCUAAUGGUGAUAACAAGGCUCCAGGCUCAGUCAUACUUUACAUGAAACAUCUCUCGCGGCUAGCUGCAUUGCUUUUUUCUCGUCAUAGUUUUGAGCGUAAGAGUGGUAGAUCCUGUAUUUUGGAUCCGUUUUUUUCUGUAUCCUUCAAAACUUGGAAAUGUUGUCAUAGAUGC